AUGAACACUAGUGUGGAUAAAAAAAUAUUUGAACAAAGCUCACCAUUAAUUAAAAGCAUUCUGGAGUGGAAGGGAUGUGAAAUUGAUGAAAUAUCACAAUUCAUUCCCAAGAAAAAACAACCCAUAUUAACAGAAAGAGUAAGGCAAAGACUGUAUGGAAUCCCUGGAAAAAACAUUUUUAAUUACGAACGUGAUAAACCAAGACCAAGAAGAAUAUACGAACCACAAUUUGAUGUAGGAAUGAUUCCCAAGGAAGAGCCGAAAAUUUUUACGAGAUGUAUAAACAGAAUGAAUAGCGCCUUAAGGGAAUCUUUAAAUGAAUCUUUGUUGCCUAAGGAGGGCUCAGAAAUAAAGACUGUUGGUAAAACCAUCUUGAACAAAGCUCAUAUAUCGCAUCUCAAAGUAUGUCCUAAUUAA